CGCUAGGCAUAUACCUACCUACCUAGUUUUCCAUUUUUGUUAAAAUAACUAGGAAUAAUAUUGUAAAUAUAAGUUUAUACCUAACAUAAUAUAAAUGUAUUUUUAUGGGUAAUGAACAUUCGUGGUAUAUUUUGUAUUCCAUAUACCUACUCAACGGUUUAAUUCUUUUGAUUCUUAUAAUAUUUUUAUUUUAAUGUCCUAUUGUCCUGUUAAGUUUAAAUGAAAGUCAUGUUUGUUUUUUUUUAAACACAGGUUAUACGUCUUGAUUAGGUGAAUCCAAAAUGAUAGAAGCUGAUGUUAUAACUGGUCAUUUGGUUGAUGAAGUAGAAGAAGAGAAGACUGACCGCAUACCAAUAAUGGGUCAUCCUCCCUCAAUAACUUCAGACUUGAGUCUUAAAGAAUUCUUAAAUGCAUGGAACAAUUCAAAUAAAAUCCUAAAACUUGAUUUUAAAUCAACCGAAGCAUUUAAACUAGCAUCGCCAGUCAUUGAAAACGCUUUUAAAGAUUCACCUCCAAAUCGCUUACCUUGGUUGAAUGCAGAUAUUUUACCUGGUCCCGGUCCAGGAGACAGUCCUGGAGUAGACGCAGACACUUUCCUCAAAGUAUCGUCAAAAAGUUUUCCAGAUUCAAUUUUAUCGUUAGGCUGGACUACUAAACGCAACGAUAACGACAAGUAUUCAGAGCAUCACAUAAAUGCUAUGGUAGACGUACUGUUUAAAAACAAAUACAUGAACCCUGUGACUUACGCUGUACGAGCGUCAUUUGCAGUCAAUUCGAUAUCGGAACUUCAAUAUUUGUUGGAGACAUCGCCAGUUGGCUCAACUCUAACUGUCUGGUGUAGUGACUCAAAAGAUAUCAUCAACUAUCCAAACCUGGUACAGUUGAUAAAUACCGUUGGAGCGAAUCGUGUGUACCUGGACUUACCUGAUGAAAUGUCUAAGAUUUUUUUCGAUAUGUACACAUCCAGUAGUGUAGGAGCAAGCAAUAAUGUUGGGUUACACUCUUUGUUCUUGGCGUCAUUGUUUGUGCUAAAAAAUGUAUUCCUUUAAACGUUUUCUAUAAUAAUAUUAUUAAUUAAAGCGUAAAA